GAUCAUAUGCGUGUUAGUAUGAGUGUUAGUUAUGGUGAAAUUUAAAAGAAUUAUCUUUAUUUAAAAAGUAUGUUAUGUUAUUUAGCUAGACUAUGGAUUAAAAAGUUUGCUCUUUUAAAUAAUUAUUGCUGUUAAUGUAUUAUGUAUGAUGGUAUUGGUAAGAAUGAUUUGAUAUGUGUUACCAUGUGUGAUGAAAGUUUGAGAAUUUAAUUAUUGUUUGGUAAUUGGAUUAUGUUACAUUGAUUCUGUGUUUGAUAGCUUUUUCGAUAUGUUUUAUUUUAUGUAAUAUUUUUUAUGGUUUUUCAUAAGUUGUCUUUUAAGCUAGCUAAGUAGCACGAAUACUUCAUUCGAUCAACUUUUUCUAUUUCGAAAAGUGUUGGAAAUUUGGCGCUUUGGACCGUUUUCAACUCAAGAAACCUUAAAAUAGCAUUGUUUCGUUGUGUGAUGAAAGUUUGAAAAUUUGAUCAUUGUUUGGUAAUUGGAUUUUGUUAUGUAUCGUGUUUGAUAGCUUUUUCAGUAUAAUGUAUGUAUAUUUUUAUGGUUUUUCAUUAUUUGUCUUUUAGGCUAGCUAAGUAGCACGGGUACUUCAUCCGACCAACCUUUCCCAUUUUGAAAACAUGUCGAAAAAUUGGCUUUUCGGGCCGUUUUAACGUAAUAAACCUCAAAAUAACACUGUUUCGCUGUGUCCGUAUUCAAGUGCCUAGUUUUCUCGUAUACAUGUUCGAUGUCUCCGUAUUCAAUUGUCCAGUUUUCCCAUAUACGUGUCCGUGUUACAUAGUUCAUAAGUCAACUACUGAAAAUUAGGCCAUUAUGAUACUGCUAUUGUCAGUGUCUAAAAAGUUCACCAAUGCAAGAAUGCUCCUCCACUAUUGUACGGGGUAGGGGGAGGAUGGAUGCAAUUUUAUGCAGCCUCCCCAUUACAUAUUUACGAAAAGGCUGUUUCCACGCCCCAACCUUGUAACCUUCAGGUCACUGAAUGACUAAGGAGUAGCUUUACCACCACAUCAAGGCUUGUCCUUCUGUUGUAGAAAAAUUGAUAGUUUUCCCUUUUAAACCGAUAUGAUUAGCUGGAAUGGAUUACUAAGGAGACAAAUGUUUGUUAUAGCCAUUGGUAUCAAAUCAACAAUUAGGCUUUAUCUGAAAAUCUAAGGCAAUUUUGUCAUUCUAAUGUGUGUCGUAUUGCCUGCAGUAUAUUGAUGUCAUUGGUCAUUGGCCAUGUUAGCUGUGAGUAUGUUUGGGAGUAGUAUUGGAGGAAAGAUGCAAACAGAAAUAAUCUUUCCGAGUCGAGGGAUCUUGAAGAUUCUGAAAUGAAUACCUCUGAAGAUUCUGAAAUGAGUACCUCUGAAGAUUCUGAAACCAGCGCCUCUCAAGACUCCGACCACAUCGGCGACGAAAACUCCAAAGUUAAGAUGUGUUUUUGUAACCAUCCUGCUAAAUUACGAGUCUCUCAUACAAUCAGAAACCCUUUUCGAUUAUUCUACAAUUGCCACAAGUACUCCGAUAAUUGCGGAUUUUUCCAAUGGGUCGAUGAGCCAGAAUUAACCGGCGAUACACAUGUUGACGAGCUAAAUCUCAUCCGCAAUGAAUGUAUUCGAUUACAGGGGAAACUUGAAGAAAGCGAACUGGAACGGAGUCACGAUAGGCAUGCUUGGGAAAGGGAGAAAGUCGAGCUAAUGUCGAAAUUCUCGACUAUUCAAACUGAACUGGAUGAAAUCAAGAAAAGAAUUGAAUUUGCGAAUGAGUCCGAUCUUAUGCCUCCAAUCCAUAAAUUAUCCGACACAGAUGAAGACGAUAAUGUUAUUGAGAUUCAUGCUAUGUAAGGUAGAAUUAGAUUUCUGUUGCAGAUGUAAAAUCCUUUUUUGCUUUGCUUACAGAGUUUUUAUUUCUCUUGUGAAUAUAUUUAGUGUUACUAUGCAAAAUUCUAUGAAUAUUGAUUUUUAGGGAGAUAGGUAUGCAAAUUUUGUCGAGAAAUUUCAGUUCAGCUCCCUCUCUUUUUGGCAUUACACUUGUACUGCAUAAAUAUUGCUCCCGAGGCAUUGAUACUGCAUAAAUUUUAGAAAUUUGAGUUCAACAUUGCCAUGCUUUCUAGACAAGCUUGGAGACUUAUUAAUUCGAAAGACUCUUUGAUGUGUAGAAUGUUUAGAGCUCGUUAUUUCCCAAAUAGUAGUUUCCUUGAUGCUAAGUUGUGUUCUAAUCCUAGUUUUGUUUGGAGGAGUAUUUUUUCUACUCAACCGGUUAUGAAAUUGGGUGCUCGGGUUAGAAUUGGAGAUGGCAGGUAUACUAGAAUUCGGAAAGACCCUUGGUUUUCAGACGGAGAUUCUGGCUUUCUUGUUUCUCAGCCUUUGUUAGGUAUUGAAGAUGCCAUGGUCUGGCAACUGCUUUCUACUUCAGGUUUGGAGUGGGACUCUGAUAUUCUUCAUGAUGUUAUCGAGCCUGUUGAUCGAGCACGUAUCUUAAGAGUGCCGUUUAGUAGAAGGGAGGUAAAGGACAGUUGGGUUUGGAUUUUGGACGAUAAAUAUCGGUUCUCGGCUAAAAGCAUUUAUAGAAGUUUGGUUGGAGAGUGCAGUGGCAUCAGUAGCUCAGUUUGGUUUGGUCUAAUAUUUGGAGAUUGGCAAUUCCUCUCCAUGUUAAAAAUUUUCUAUGGAGGAUGGCCUCUGAUUUCCUUCCUACUGCCGAGGGUCUUGCCUCUAAAAGAGUCUUCAUCAACUCUAGCUGCCCGCUUUGUGUUGAUGGUUUUGAAAAUGCUGUUCAUCUCCUUAGCUGCUGUUCCGUAGCUGCAGAUUGUUGGAGAAUGGCGUAUCUGAGUUCCUUGGCUGGUUCGAACUUGGAUGUUUUUUCUUGGUGCAAAAAUUGUCUUCAAGAUCUGGAGAAGGAGAAGAAGGAAUUGGCAGCUAUGGUGUGUUGGGGAAUCUGGACAAACAGAAAUAAGAUGGUUUGGCAUGGUGUCAAAUCCAGUCCAGUGGAUUUAGUUAACCAGGUUAGUAAUCAGCUAGUAGCUUGGUCCGGAGUGAGAAGGAGGACGGUUUCAGAUGUGUCCAGAAUCAUUGACAGAAAUGAUGGUUUGGUGAAGUGGAGGUCGCCGGCGACAGGUUGGAUUAAGGCGAGCACAGAUGCGGCGGUCUUUCAGCAGGGCGAAGGGAUCGCUGUUGGUUGUAUUGUGCGAGAUUUGAAAGGAAAUAUCAUUCAAACAAGACAGCAGCAGUUUCUUGGAGAUUUCUAUCCGAGAUCAGCAGAGUUAAUCGCAAUUAGAGAAGCUCUAAGUUGGUUGAAGGAUUGGCACAACGUGGUGAUUUUGAGUCGGAUGCAAUGGAUGUUGUUUUGGAUAUUAAAUAUCCAGUUCCUGCUAUAGACGAUAUUAUUCUCGAAGAUUGUAUUGAUUUAUCGAAGCAGUUACGUGAUUUUUCUUUUUCUUUUGUAAGACGAUUUACUAAUCGAGCCGCGCAUGUUCGAGUGCAAAAUGCUCGUUCCUUGUCAGGUUAUCGGAUUUUGCUUUCAAACUUCCCCGAAUAUUUUACGAUUGUAACUGAUUCGGACAUUGCUUAAUAAUAUCACGAGUAUUGAUUAUCAAAAAAACAAAAUUAAAAUUUGAGUUUGAUUGAA